AUCACACUACUACCACACCCUUCAAUUCCCUUUCAGAUUCAGCCAUCCUCACCACCACUCCCCGUGAGUCCCCUCUCCUCUCUCUCUCUCUCUCUCUCUCUCGCUCUGACCCACGACCGUGUGUCUCUCCCUCGCUUCCUCCAGGCCACGUCUGUGUCCCACCAUGGCCGGCACCGCCGCCGCCACCGUCUGCUCCAUGUGCGGCGACGUCGGCUUCCCCGAGAAGCUCUUCCGGUGCGCGCGCUGCCGCCACCGCUUCCAGCACUCGUACUGCACCAACUACUACGGCGACAGCGCACCCGCCUCGGCCGGCUCCGGCAUGUGCGACUGGUGCCUCAGCGACGUCGUGGCCGGCGGGAAGGCGAGGUGGUCGGUCUCGUCUCCGGCCGGCGGGACGAAGCAGCAGCACGCCACGGCCGGGAGCCAGGAGUCGUCGUCGACCACCACGAGCUCCGGCGGCAGCGGUAGCGGCAGCGGCAGGGGCGCCGGCGGCAAGGGCGCCGGCGGCGGCGACCACCAGGCCGAGGCUGCUGGGCCUGGGCGGCGAGCGACGACCAGGGCGACCGGCCGCAGGUACAAGCUGCUCAAGGACGUCUUGUGUGAGUAGUUGACUAGCUAGCCAGAUAUAGCUAGGUCAUCAUCAUGGGCAUGGGCCUCACGAUAGAUCUUGCUUGGUGAUGAAGGUCCUAGCUAAUAUAAUAGCAGAGAUCAAGUUCCACGACGGACUCAGUAGUAUUAAGUACGACUAGCUACUAGUUAUAUGACGUGCUAGUAGUAACCGAGUUAGUUGGUCUGAUGUGUGUAUAUAGGUGCUUUUUGUAUAUUGUAUUGCAUGUUUGCUUGUGUGUUAGGAGAGUCUGUUAGCCUGUUUCUUAUCAAUCUAUCCAUCUCAUUAUGCA